AAACUUUUGACUUGUGGUGAUACCUAACGACAAGUUGAUAUCCUGUGACUAAAUUGAUGUAGAUUCUAGAUCUAGAUCUCGUUCUUUUUGCUGCUUCCAACGAUACCGGACAAGAAUGAAGACUCACCCCGGCGGAAGUUCAAGGUACAGUCAUCAGACAACGCCACAGGUUGGAGCACUCUGCCCACCCCCACAAGUCAAGAAGAAGACGAGAUUCAAAGUCAAGAAGAAAGUGAGGUUCAACUUAAAAGUGCAGAUUUCUACAUCGGAAGAAUUGUGGCGUCCGUUCUACAGAUGGAAAUAUAUCAGCCCUGUCAGGGGAGCUGAAAUGAAGAGUCUGAGCAGCACUGACGUCACAGAGCGCAGCCAGGCGCUGACCACCACGCAAAGCUUACCACUGUGUCCGAACAUGUCCUCAUGCCCUGCCCCCUUCCUGCGCCCCGCCCCCUCUCUUGUUCCCGCCCCCUCCCUGUGCCCUACCCCGUCCGAGCCCUUAACAAAAUCUGCGUCUGCGUUUUGUGAGGCUGUCGUCUUCCGACCGAUUCUGUUUCCGUCGCCGAGAUGCCCGAGCUCCUUCCGCGUUGUCAACGUGCGGGGAAAUGUGAGACGGCUCAGGGUGCUCAGCAAGACGUCGUUCCCGUGCGCUCGCAAACUGAGGAGCUGUCUAAAGAAACGACAGCCAAGCGCCUCUCGAGUCAACAACAAGAUGUCACUGGCUGUUGUGACGACUCACGCCAAUUCUGGCGCUAGCUCUGUUUCGAGCGCGAGCUCUUCGCUGUCCGUCCUCGCCAGCCCAAGAUUUAGGGACAGUUGCCGUCUUUUCGUGAGGCCACAGGAUAGUGUGUCCGGCUUUGAACAUGCGCGACCAGUCACAAACGAACACAAACAAAGCGUUGAUUACGAGCACGUCACUAGAUCCCUGGGCAACCUCGCUAUAACACCUGGGCGGGGAACGCCUGAGACAAACUCAAAUGAACAUCGGAUGGCGAGAGCUGGUUCUGUUAUGCAACAGCCUUCUGUGUCAACGUUCAGAAGCAGCGACGAUACCAAUUACAAUGCAGUGCGCGAGGUAUGUAGCGAAGGCAUUAGCAGGAACGGGUCGGUUGAAGCUCGGUCUCUCAACUCCCACGACGGUAUCGGCCGCAACAGUAUCGGCCACAGCAACAGCGCCACCAACGGUAUCGUCUGCCAAGGUAUCGGCCACCACGGUACCGACGACAGUGAUAUCGACCAUAACGGUAUCGGACACUUCGGUACAGGGCAUAGUUAUACAGAUCAUAAUGGUAUCGGAAACGAGAGUAGCAGCCACUGCAGUAUCGGUCACAACGGUAACGUCCACAAUGGUACCCUUCAGGGUUACAUCAACAAUGGUAUCGACCUCCACGGUAUCGGCCACCAAAGUAUCGAUCACAACGACGACGCCAAUAAUAACGCCAACGAGCGAUCCGCGCAGGUGAGCAAGUCGAACCCGGAGAGCCACAGGUCACGUCACGUGAUGGAGCUCCGGUCUGGACGGCGCCACGCCUCGUGCAGUGAGAGCAGCGGGCGCGAACUGGUGAAUGCUGGUGGUGGCUUCUGCUCCCAAGAAGUGAUACUGGCUUCUUCGGGACCGGGAUUUUCCAGUUUGCCAGCCGACGACAACAGAAAUAAUGUUGGUUCUUCCGAGGUCGGCCAAGAUCAUCGCCAUUGUUACAACGUCGCGGCAAAUUCUGACAGCGUUGGGAACUCUUCUGUUAUUAACGGUCGUUGCCAUGGUUACAACGUCGCGGCAAAUUCUGACAGCCUUGGGAACUCUGAUGUCAGUAAUGGUCGUUGCAACAGUUACGUCGUCGCAGCGAAUUCUGACAGCAUUGACGAUGUUGCGAAUUUCGACGUUAUCCAAGGUCGUCGCCAUGGUUACAGCCACGCAGACAGCGCUGGCGUCACAGAAGGCCUGACUCACUCAGAUCGUAGUUCCGGUUCUGCCCAGCCGCUCGACAACAAGAAUUCGGGAGACCUAGUGGCCACUAGUGACAACAAUGCUAUUGUUUCUAAUACUGGUGGAUGCCAGGGUUCAAAUGUCAACUCGUUCGCAUCUUCACGAGACGAACCAGUUUUUGCUGCAAGAGAAAAUAGCACUUCACCCCUCAGGCAAACGCAAACGUGGGUAUUCAAUAACAGAAAUAGCAUUGAAAGACAGAGCUCAGAAGGUUCGGUAAAAAAUGAUUCAAGGGCUACUGUAGAACAGUCCGCAAAUGCUACGAACAAUUCCGCGAUGGAUCCGGGGCCAAAUGCUACGUCAUUUCCAUCACCAAAGCGCGGUCAGUUCCCGGACGCGUACUCCGAGUCUCUUAUCUUGGUGUCCCCAAGCCGGCAGGUGGCGUCCUCCCCCUCACCCGUGCGCAAAGAUGGCGACUCACUAUACCAGUGCCCAGUCCUCAACUGUGCCAUGACGUUCUCGGACCAUCGGGGCUUGCGGCGUCACGUGACCCAGAUGUACCACUCCCCCUGCAACCCCUUCAGCACCAUCGUGGACGGCGUGGUGCCGGAGAUUCUGGGCUUUCUGUGCCCGGCGUGCGGGCAUAUUUUUAAAAAGGAGGCACCGUGCCGUGAGCACAUGCUGACGGACAAACACUUGCAGCUCCUGCCCCCCGUCCCCUUCUCCGUCUACACGUGCCCACAGUGCCUGCAGUUCUUCCCCUCCUACAGCACCGCCGCCCUCCACAUGGAUAACAUGGCGCAUCAUACCGCCAGUUUCUCCUUCCCAGAUGACGUAUCCAGGCCUCAUAGCUCCGCCCCCAUCCCCGUGCCGUGUCGUAUGGUAGAGGAGCUCCGCGAGCGCUGUGGGCGUGUCCCCUGCUCGCUGUACUGUAACAGCUGUCAAUCAGGCUUGGCCCGGCCCACGGAGCUGCAGGAACAUCUGGACCACGCCCACCUCGUCAGCUGUAAAUGUCCCCGGACCGUGGUGGAUGUGUUCUCUGUCCUCCUCACCGACCACGCGUGUGCCGAGUGCCACCAGUUCAUCUACACGGGCAUCUCCCAUUCCACGCUGGCCAUCCACACGUCCUGCCCUCUGCAAGGCCCUGUGUUGCGAAACGAGGCCAGCUCACUCAGGGAGUUCGUCCGCCGCUGUGGUAUCUCGGGUGUCGGCAUCGCGACAGAGGACCAACUGUCUCACUCUUCCAACGACAGCAGUUUUGUCAACUCGGCAGUCGACACCGAGGGGUGUUCCGGAAGUGUUGACGAUGUCGAGGGGUGUGCCGGAAGUGUUGACGACACCGAGGGGUGUUCCGGAAGUGUUGACGAUGUCGAGGGGUGUGCCGGAAGUGUUGACGACACUGAAGGGUGUGCCGGAAGUGUUGACGAUACCGAAUGGUGUGCCAGAAGUAUAAAUACGGUCGAGGGAGCUGGCUGUUUUAAAAAUGGGCCGGGAAUUGCCAAAAGGAAGAGGAACACUUUGGGGAGUGACGCUGCAACAUCUAAGUACUCUCGGUGCUCCACCUGUGAAAACGCGACUUGGGAUAAUGUAGCACCUUUCCAAAAUUACUGCGUGGUACAUCCAAACAGUUGCUCGCGAUCUGUGGCACCGUCAGGCACGUGUGGGGGAAUUCACAAGGAGGAUGGGACCUGCCUGGGAAGAAAUGCUCGUCUUGGUGGUGCGACUCGUGGCUGGGCUACUUCCCAGUCUGGCUUGAACUUUGACCAGUCUAAGGACAGUGUUUUCGGGCCAGCGCCUCAGCAGCUUGUAGUAAAGGAUGAAGGAAGCGCUGAGGACGGAUUCACUAGGGGUGGUCGUUUAGACCCCAUCCUUGUUCGAGAAGAUUCCCCAGAUCUCGAAGAGGUUCGGGAGAGGAAUUCUGGGUUUGGAAACACCACAGAGGUUUGUUCUGAAUACCUCGUAGACGUGGAGGACGAUUGUACGAAGCAGUUAGAUAGACUGAUCGAAGAGAAGUGGGACGAGUGUAGUAGGAUGGAUGGAGAAACUUGCGUAGACGAGGUGCAGAUCAUUAACGACGACGAGGGUCGUGUGACCGAGACACGCAGUGCAGAGUUUUGUACGCUUGUUGAAAAUUGCUCGGAUCAGGAGUCAGCUGUGGAGAGGAUCAGCGAAACAGUGGCGAAUACUUCCUUCCUAAUGGAGGAAGGGAUGAUGAGUGCAGCGUUAGAGACAACCUCUUCGCGCUACCACCCUCGCAGCUCUUGUGACUCGAUGAAGCGUGAGGUAAAACGCGAUAUUUUUUACUUGCGUCCGUGUUCCAAGUAUGCGCAUGCUGAGGCGAGUCGCGUUAACACUUUCUCUACUGGUGAGAGCCAGCAAGGGACAGAUUCUUGCUCGUCAAAUGUCAGAUACCAAUACGGUGACGUCUGCCGUCGCGAGGCGAGCGUGCAGAGAUGUGCGGACCCUUUGUUUGAGGCGGGCUGCUCCAAGAACCUGCCUCCUGACUCGGACUGCACGAGAACUCGUGAGGAUAUUUGUUGCACUGAGCGGAACAUCAAAACUGAACGUUACGGCAUCGUGGAAUCAGAAACGUCCAAUUUCCCUCGCUCCAAAUCUCAGCACAAAGCGUUCAAUGAGAGUUUGAGAAACGGUGGUUCCACGAAGCUCUCGAGAAAUGCUGUUGCUUCUUUGGCGUCUGAUUUGGUCGCCACAAACGCGCGAUCUAGUGAGGAAACUGACUCGGACACAGAAGAAAGUUCCAAGGUGUUUGGAUUCACUGUAGUACCCAUGGAGGUUCAGGCUUUGUCCAAUGCUGAAGAGGACGCAGAAGAAAGCUGUUGCUGUGGGGUCACGUCGUCGUCUUGUGAGUCCAAGUCUUUGUUUUCUAGCUCGGACGAUCUGUCGGACUCCGCCACAGACUGUCUGAGUGGGCACAAACAGCCACAGCAACUUCAACAGCACCAGAUUCAACAGCAGCAGCAGCAGCAGCAGCAUCAAAAGCAGUAUUGGCAUCAUCAGCACCAGCAGCAACAUUAUCAUCAACAGCUGCAACCUCAUCAGCACCAUCAACAGCAACAGACGCAGCAGCAGCAGCAACCACUGUCAAAGAGGUUGCUUUUCCUAGAUGGUGUCUCGGAAGAGGAGAGUCAGGACAAUGGGGUCAUCGAGGUGUGCGCGCCGUCCCAACCAAUGGAGGUGAGUGGUGAGCACGAGGCCACGCCCAGCCUCAAACGCCGCCUGUCUCCAGCCUGUGGUGCCGACCUCACCAAGAGAGUUAAAGCCACUAGCGACGUGGAGGCUUUUUGGUGCCCGACCCAGUCCAAAACAAUCUCCAAAACCGCGAGAAAAGUUAUGAAAACGAAGCCGGUCUACGAAAACAGGGAUUUUCCCUCUGUCAUGUCCUCGAAGCGUUCGAGAAAAGUACCAAAACGCUGUUGUCACAAGGGCCAGAAAUCACGCUCUGCUCGCCGCAAAAGGUCCAGAUGCUCGAAGCAGUAUCGCCCAGUUUACGCGACCUUUUCCAAGAACACUUCUAGGCUAAAAAAAGACUACUACUACGCCGUCAUCAACAGUCAGCCUCCAUAUGGGAGUCAUCCGUGUAGAUCGAACCCGGACGAUUCAGACCGGCCCAGUGCACAGUCUCCUAGCACUCUGUGUACACCAAUAUCCGAGUCCCUGAGUUCUGGAAGGCGCGAUUCCUCAGACAGCCUCAUGUCAAACGGCGCUGUAGGUAAAACUUGCCCCAAGCGCAGUAGUUCCUCACGGAACAAGUGCGGGCUCGUUUUCGUCCUCCCCGAGUCUGUGGACAGAUUUUCCGAUACGUAUUACACGACCUGUCAUGCGUUGAGGGGCUCAGAGCGUCACCAGAAGGGUCUAGUCAAAGAAGAAUCUCUCUACAUGAUUGCUGGUGGCUCUGGCCGUGAACGUCGCAAAAGAUGCAAAUCGUGUAAAGGUGGGCGCGCAUUCCAAGCGCGAAAAAAAAGUAAGAAUUGUAAGGCUGUUCCAAAAAGAAAGAAGGGGUCGGCUGCUAGAUAUGACGACAAAGUUAUCGACUUGUCGGUUGUCGAUUCUGAGGAUGAUGGGAUCCCAGCUCGCUCCAAUGGACGUGCAGGGCAAAAUCCCAGCUUGAAUCACAUGACUCGUGGUUCAAGGGAGAUAAACUCGUCAUUUGUGCAUACCAAUUCCACAAAUCGCGCCUCUUGUCUGCCCCUGAAUGUUGUAGAGAGUGAACAGCAGGAGCCGCCGGGCUUUGGGAGCAGGGAAUCUUCGCAUAUUGACGUCAUCGAUAUUGAGGACGACGAUCAGUUCAUUAUUGUCAACAAAGGGGCGGUGGUCCAUGACGACGAGAGCUGCUACGUUGUAGAGCACUGCAGCAGCGACAGCGACGACUCUGCUGGACAAGGGCUGGGUGGAGACCGCUCUGGUCAAUGUGUCACACAGCCUUGUGCUGGCUCGGAACUUCGCGGAAAAAGUACUGGCUCAGAGUUUCGCGGAGUAUGUGACAGCUCGGAGAUUUGCCGAGAUUUUGCUAUGGGAGAUAUGACAAGCAAUUUAAAUCAAGCGGCAGCGCGUGGGGGACUUGCAACAAAAUAUGAAGCCAACAGAUUUUAUAAGGAUCUCGAGAGAUGUGCAAGUGCGAAAGGCACAAACAGAGAUCUUGAUACUGACGUUAAUAGCAUGGAUUUUGACGACUCUUGUUUUAUAGUAGCGACUUAUCGCCCUCGAGUUGGUCAAAAUGGAAAAAGUUCUCCCUUUUACGUCACUCUGCGUCCUGCCAGCAGCUCCAAGCAGUCAAAUCAGAGUCGUCAGACGGGAAGCAUUGAUGACCGUAAUGUCGUCACCACCACGUCAGCAGCGAUCACGAAGAUUGUCCAGAUCCCAUCCAUGGCUAAUCUACGAACGGUGCAAAACUCACGUGACCAACGGCCAAACUGUGACGUCCAGGGAAAUGACGUCACUGAGACCAGAACGGCGUCGCGUUUUGCGGGUGGAGAGGUCACGAGAGUCUCCGAAGAAAACAUGUUUGGAAUGGGUCUCUCUGUAUUCAAGCCUCCCUCUCCUCCCAAUCCCCAUUUCACAACUCCUUCUUCUUCCUCUGCACAAGGGGGAACCCUCCUCCCUCCCCCCGCCACUACUGAGGCUGAAUCCUCUUUCAUGAAAAUGCCCUUAAGAACCUCCCAAACCAAAGGUACCCAGCAGGUCACCUCUAGACGCGUGUGUGAAGGAAGAAGUUCUCCUUUCACGUUCAGUUCUCCUUUUACCGCUUCGUCUAAAGAAAUAUCUGGCGCUGCUCAUCGUGGGAGACUUAUUUCAACUGUUGGAUCUACCAAAUCAGGACAUCGUAAAGCCCAGCAAACAGCAGCCACGCGCGGCGUCCGGAAAAUCCGGAUCAACGAUCUGGAGAUGGAGAUACGACCGAAAGAUCGAUUCAUCCUCGUCAGCUCAGAAGAAGAAGAAGAAGAAAAAGAAGAAGAAAAAGAAGAAGGCGCAUCCUCGAAGUCACAAAGUGCGUCGUCCCAGCGUGACGUCACUAGGAGGAAAACGCCCGGAGCUUUGCCAAGCUUUAUACCUCUGGGAGAGGGCUCAGAGAGCGGCUCGGUGAGAAAGUCUGGCGGCAAAGUUCCCAGGAAGAAAGGAGCAGCGCGGGCAGUGAGCGGCGGCCCGAGGGUGAGGUGGCGAUAUUUCUCCACGGCCACAGUGGCCCCGCGAGCUCGACAACACGCUCAGGGCAUUUCACACACCAGAGCUGACAGUACUGCUGAUAACUGUAUUGGCCCUAACAGUAUUGGCACUAACAGUAUUGACGCUAACUGUAUUGACGCUAACUGUAUUGGCCCUAACUGUAAUGGCCCUAACUUUACUGGCCCUAACUGUAUUGGCCCUAACUGUAUUGGCACUAACAGUAUUGACGCUAAUUGUAUUGGCCCUAACUUUAUUGGCCCUAACUGUAUUGGCGCUAACAGUAGGCCUAUUGGCUGUGACAGUAUUGACACCAGCAGCAGCAGAGCCAUCAGCAAUAGUAUAACCAGCUGUAGUGUAUCCAAGCGUAAUGCCGACAACACUGGUGUCAACAGCAUAGUAAGUACUGACAACUUUGAUUUUAACAGUGUCGGUGCCAACAAAACAGGGGAUAGCAGCAGUGGCGCUGACAGUGCCAAAAGUAUUGAAGCUGACAUGGUUGGCGCGAACAACAUCGGUGCUAACAGUACUGGUGCACACAGCGUUUGCGUAAACCACUUUAACGUGGACAGUGUUGGCACAAACGGUACCGAGACCAACUGCGUUGGCACUAACGGCAGAAGCAUUUUCAGCCCCAGCAGCAUCGGUGCCAACAGCAAUAAUAAAAUUAAUAUCAACAGCAUUAGUGCAAACAGUGGUAGUGUUUUCAGCCUGAACGCCAACAGCAUAUGUCCAAACAGCAGCAGCUGUGUAUACAGCUUUGGAGGCAACAGCACCAGAACCAACAGCACUGGGACUUACAGUCAUGCCGCCAACGACGUUGGUGUAAACAACUCCUAUAAUGCCAACAGCAGGAGUUCCAACAGCAUUGCUGUCACCCACACCAGCGGUACCAACAGCUUUUGUAAUACCAAAGAAGUCAGUUUUGCUAAUACCAACAACAUUGCUAUUGCAGCAGCCAACAACGGUGGUGCUUACAGCUUUUCUGCUGACAUGCGUUCCGUCCACAGUGUUGAGAGAAUCAACUUUGAUUUCACCAGCCGCACCCCGACAAACUGCACUGAGGAGACGUCUCAACAUAAUAAUACAUGUACCAGCGGUGGGUGUGGCUCUAACCCUGUGGCACCACCAUGGCCACAACACUCGGACUCCACGCUCAGACUCCGUCUGGACGGGCCGCGGUGCGCACACCAGCCGUCCACAGCCGCUGUUGCCAAGACGACGAAGACGAAGACGGGGUCGGCCAGUGCGGAUGAUUCUGGGACUAGUUCCGGGCCUUUUCAGCGACUCGUCUCUCCUAAGAUCCGGCUCCUGUCGUGCAUGCAGAAGAUCAUCUUCGCAGACCUGGAGAACGUGAUGCUGUUCAAAUACUUCAGCGGGCCCUGGCCGUCAGCUACAUUCCUGUGGGCGUUUGUCAGUCAGAGACCCAACAACUCAUUCCAUCUGGAGCAGUUCUUUCUCAG